CGGAAGUGAUUGCCUAGCAACGGCGAGUGCAAACAGCGUGACCUAGAGACUCAUUCAUCAUCACAACAGUUUACAAGGAAACAGAGUUGAGCAGUGGAUAAACACAAACUCAAACACUUUAUAUUCCUGCUUAACUCCUAUCAAGAAUGUUUAAAAAUACAUUCCAGUCUGGAUUUCUGUCUAUUCUUUAUAGUAUUGGAAGUAAACCACUUCAAAUUUGGGAGAAAAAGGUGCGUUUAUCUUGACCAGAUCUUACUUUCAAUUGUCCACGCUUUGGAGCUGAAAUCUUUAUAAACUACAUUACUAAUACGUAUUUCUCUGUGUUCAUGUUUAACCUUCAUAUUUGCCGUGUUUCUAGGUUCGUAAUGGGCAUAUAAAAAGAAUCACAGACAACGAUAUACAGAGUUUAGUUCUAGAAAUCGUUGGUACAAAUGUUAGGUGAGGGGACAAUUUCGUGCGCGACCAUUUGAGAUUUAUCCUUGUUAAAACCAUCAGUAAUAAUAGUUCUGUUUUUCCUUAUUAUGCUUUUAAACAUUUUCUAUAACUGAACUAAACUUAAAGCCCAUGCAAACCCGACUAGCUCAUAAAUCUGAUAGGAUUUUCUUUGAUUUUAUAGUACAACGUUUAUAACAUGUCCAGCAGAGGCAAACAAGACGCUCGCUAUCAAACUACCAUUUCUAGUCAUGAUUAUUAAAAAUCUCAAGAAAUAUUUUACGUUUGAAGUCCAGGUAAUAUACCAAGAGAAUUUGAACUAUAUUCUAAGCAGAAAAGUGAGAAAAACACUUGUUCAGGGAUUAAUUGUACUAAAUGGUUUCGGGUUGCUUAGCUAUAUUUUUUGUUGACAUGUCAGGUUCUCGAUGACAAAAACGUCCGACGACGAUUUCGAGCGUCAAAUUACCAAUCAACAACACGUGUAAAACCUUUCAUAUGUACGAUGCCGAUGAGACUAGACGACGGCUGGAAUCAAAUACAAGUAAUGUUUAAUUUUAUUUCAUAAUGCCACACCUACAAUGUUAAAUAGAUUGAAUUUUGUACUUUGUAGUAUUUAAUCUCUCCAAAUCUUCCCGCGCUUUUCUGCUGCGUACUUUUGCAAAUUUGGCGAUGUAAAUUUAAUAUUUGUGUUAAUGUGUUGUUUUUAUGUGCUAUGAAAUUGAAGAGACAAAGGAAAGAGCGUGUUUUAGUGAAAAUUUUAUACAUUUAAUAACAUGUGGCCAUAUUGUGGCAAGAUAAAACAUGAUAAAAUUUCCAUUAGGGAGGGGAGGUUUGUAAGUUUAUUUAUUUAGAGGGAGAUUGUCGAGGGAGGGGUGGGUAAUGCCAUGUAUUGGCAGUUCACAAGUUUUCAAAGUUUUCCACCCUAUUGCAUACAAUGAGUAAAGAACUAACUAAAACAUUAAAAAUUCUACAUUUUACCAAUCAAAUAAUGAAUUACACACCAUCAAAAAAUACAAAUAUGUAUAGGGUGUGUUAUAUUUAAUUGAUACAUAGUGUAAUCUAUUAUUUUCAUUUAGUUUAACCUCUCAGACUUCACCAGAAGAGCAUAUGGUACUAACUAUAUCGAAACUCUAAGAGUACAGGUACGAUCACUGUUGAAAAUACCGCAGAUAUUGUCGACUUGAUUAGAUCACUUCGAAGUAGUAACUACCAUAGAUAUCUUAUAUACACUAGAUAGCCCAUCUAUUUUAGUAAAAUUGAAGCCAAGAAUAUCCCAGCGGUUACCCCCAUUUGAAUAGAUGGCGGCCAUGUUGGUCGUUCCCACUUCCUAAUAAACGCUUAAAAACAACAAUAACUUUCAUCAUUUGAAUAGUUUAAAAAGUAUUUGGAAUAGGGUUAACUUCAUGUUUAAGUUCCGUGUUUAAGAAAUAGGAAAUAUACGAAUCUUCUCGUUUCAUGGGAACGACCUGAGUCUGCAAUCACGGCUUCAAUUUUUGAAUUGCAGAAUAAUUAGAUGCACUAUCUAGUGUAUAUAAGAUAUCUAUGGUAACUACACAUGAAAUUGGCAGAAAUUGUUAUUUUUCUAACUAUUAACAUAUCUUACUUGUUAUUUCAGAUUCACGCUAACUGUCGGAUUCGUCGAGUAUAUUUCUCGGACAGAUUAUAUUCAGAGGAUGAAUUACCCGCAGAGUUUAAACUAUACUUGCCUGUGCAGCAAAAUAAGACAAAGGUAGAGAAAAUUUCUUAAAAUCUACAUUCGCUUGGUAAUUUUUAUUUCACUUAUUUUAUUUAUGUUGCAAGAUUUGCCAAACACAACAAACAUAAAUACCACUAAAAAAGGGUAAUCUCCAAAUAUCAUGGAGAUAAUCUCCACAGAGGUCAUCUCCAAAUAUAAUGGAGUAUUGGUUAAUUAAACAGACAAAUAAAUUGAUUUCCCAUACUUUUUCUAGGCAUGAAAAUUUGACAUUUACAAAAAAUUUUUGGAAUUUGGUGGUGUGGAGAAUAUUUUUUAUCUGACACAGGCAACACUAUUUUACAUUCACUCUCGUGUUCUGGGAUUUACCAUCGAGAAACAUGAUGCUUUUGAACUGGAAAGAUUGUUUGAUGCGCUGGGCAACACUAAUACUGGAUUGUCAUAUUUGUAAAAAAGAAAUUUUUG